GGAAUUUUAAGCUUUUGUUUCAAUACAUUAAAUCGGUGCACUGGAUUGCCGAACAUGGGGUGGUCGGCACUAGCAUUUAUAACGAUAUGCAUCUUAAGCAUUGGACAAUCUCAUGCCCAAAGGAAUCAAGAUGUAAUGGGUUUCGAUGAAAUGAGUGAACAAUUUGCGCAACUGUUUGUGGAUAAUAUAAUUGCGUCCGGAGUGUUCGGAAAGUCCGAGGACAAAGAUUUCACCGAGAUUAUAGAAAACUUGAUGAGAGCAAUGGCGAUGUUUACAAAGCUUCACAAAGAGCCUCCAUCUCAGAAGAAAACUCUGAUGACAGCUUUCGCUUCCGAGCUCGCCGAGCUUAUUGUCGCCGAGUGCGACGACGAUGCCUUGAGCGUCGUAGAGAAAACAAGAGCAGUCACCGAUGCGUUGAGACACGCUUACAGAGAAAGUGGUUUCCGUCCAAAUGAAGAAUUUGUACAUGAAGUUCAGAUGUUGGUAGGCGUCUUCCUUAAUGUCGCCGAGGAAAAUGCUGAUAGAGAAUAUGAAUUUGAAAUGACUAGGAAACGAAGUCCAUUCGGUAAUAUACCACAAAAACCAUUAGGUGCUGGAUUCAAUUUUCAAGGAGGCCAAAGAACUGCUCCUCAACAGCAACCAGCUAAAAUAUUGCAUGAACAACAUACCCAGGGUGGAUACAGACCUGGUGUACGAGAUACUAAAUUUACUGAAGAAACUAAACGUACUGAAGAAACGUAAGUAAAUCAAUAUAUUG